AUGGAAAUGGAUCCACAUAAUGAGACAGCACUCCAACUAAUAGAUCAUCUCACCAAAGUGACUUUUGAUGCAUUUGAAGCUGGUCUAAAGCCUAGCGAUUUGCGUAACAACACUUUUCAUUCACGUUGGAGUCUGGCAUCAUCGCUAUUUUUUACCACCACUGUACUUACAUCUAUUGGCUAUGGUCAUUUAAUCCCAAUCUCAUCCGAAGGACAAAUACUCUGUAUGUUCUACGCUAUACUAGGGAUUCCUCUUACUUUGAUAACCAUCGCUGAUGUGGCAAAGUUCUUAGCAGAUUUUUUGGGAAAACCUGGAGACAGUCCAUUGGGAGAGGUAUCCGGCUCACGACGUUUCACGGUGCUGCUGAGUCUUUUUGGCUACAUGGCACUAGCCGCUUGGGUCUUCACCUUCUAUGAAUCUGGAUGGUCGUUUUUAGAUUCAUUCUACUUUUGCUUGAUUUCCCUGUCAGACAAGGUUAAUUGA